AUGCAAAACUCCCAUCAACAGUUAGCCAGAGCCACUUCCGGGAGACCGAGGCAGGAUCUGCUGUCCCAGGCUCCAGAGAAAACCAAAGAGCUCAUCAAGUUUCUGUCCAGCCUCUCCCCCCAGGAUAGACGAGGCAGUGGUGAUGUCAUGUUGAGUUAUAAUGGAAUGAAGAGAUCUCAGAGUACAGGGCAGACUGCAAAGAAGGACCGUCGACCCCGGGGGAGGAACAAGAAAGGUCAAGGCUCCUCUAAGGGGCUCUUCCCUUCUCCUGCUCGGAAGCCCUCGUUCCCCUUCCAGUGGGCCUGGGAGAGCUACAUCGCUGAUGGCCUGGCUCUGCUCCAGCAGAGCUCCUCUGAGGCCACGAGCCACCAAUGCCGGUGGCCCUUGUCCUCGGGUGUCUCCAAGCUCAGGUCCAGGCACAAGUCUACAAUUAAUCUCCCAGAGGCCCUUGACUUCUGCCAGAAGAUGGAGGCUCAAGCGCCAGAGAGGAGGCGGCGACAGGCGACAUGGGGAGAAGGCCCCCGGCCUCCUGACAAAGCUGAGAACAAGGCUGACUCACGAUCGGAAUCCGAGGAGGAUGAGGAGGCCUCAGAGCCGGAAAGCUCUGGGGCGGAGGAGGCUGAAGAGGUCCCGAGCCCUAAGGAACGGCCCCAGCUCCACAGGAGAGACGCCAUCUUGGAUGAGGAACAGUUCUCAGAUACAUCAGAAGAGGCUGAAGUGGAGGCGCCUAACACCUCCCACAAGAAGAAGGGAAGCUCCAAGAGGAAGGAGCAGAACGCAGGAGAGGCCUUGGAAGAAGGGGACCUACAAGGCCAGAGCCACCAGAGGAGCACCAACUCCAGCAGCCUCCGCGGGCUGCCGAAGGGAAAGUUAAGGCCUAAGGACUUGGAGAGAUCCUGGGACCUGGAGAAGCUACACAAACAGUUACAGCAAGAGCUGGACAACGGCUCCCAGAAGCCCACCUGGAAGGCACUGCAGGCUGCUCUCCGGGCCUCCAAUAGGAAUGCAAAGGCCCACAGCUUGGGAGACGAUGAGACGCUCCUGUCUGCCAACCUCCCUAAUCGCACCUUCCACAAACGACAGGAAGCCACCAGAAGCCUGUUGCAGGCCUGGGAGCGGCAGCAGCAGGAGGAGCGGCAGCAGGCCGAGGUGCGGAGAGCCAGGGAGCAGCGCGUUCAGCACCAGGUGGCCCGCUGCCUGGCGGCCUAUGCACCCCAAAGGAGUAGAGGGGCCGGGGCUGCCCAGCACAAGCUGGAGGAGCUGAGGCGCCAGGAGCGACAGCGCUUUGCUGAGUACCAGGCUGAGCUGCAGAGCAUGCGGCACCGGGUGCAGGCCCGACCCUUCCUCUUCCAGCAGGCCAUGCAGGCCAAUGCUCGGCUCACUGUCACCCGGCGCUUCUCCCAGGUGCUGUCAGCCCUGGGUGUAGAUGAGGAGCAGCUGCUGGCUGAGGCAGAAAAGGGGCACAAAGAGGGCACCUCCCGGAAGUCCAGGAGCCAUCGGUCAACGGGGGUAAGAAUGAAGCCCUCUUCUCAGAGCUCCCCAAGGACAGAACCCAUCGAUGCCUAA